CAUUUGGGGGAUAUCUUUACUGUCCUGACAUUUGGGGGAUAUCUGUACUGUCCUGACAUUUGGGUGGAUAUCUGUACUGUUCUGACAUUUGGAGGAUAUCUGUACUGUUCUGACAUUUUGGGGGAUAUCUGUACUGUCCUGACAUUUGGGGGAUAUCUGUACUGUUCUGACAUUUGGGGGAUAUCUGUACUGUCCUGACAUUUGGGGGAUAUCUGUACUGUUCUGACAU